GAGGUUUCGCUUCUCCCCACUUCCCUUUUUUAACCCCUCCCUGCCCCGCAGCCACCUGAUUUUACUUUUUUUUUUGGUUUUUAAGUUUUCAUUUUUUCACCCCCUGUCCUCCCCCUCGGCCACUUUCUCGCAUGAAUCUCCUAGACCCCUUCAUGAAGAUGACAGAAGAACAGGACAAAUGCAUCUCCGACGCCCCCAGCCCCACCAUGUCGGACGACUCCGCCGGGUCCCCCUGUCCCUCCGGAUCCGGCUCGGAUACGGAGAACACCAGACCCCAAGAAAACACCUUCCCUAAGGGCGAUCCGGACCUGAAGAAGGAGAGCGACGAGGACAAGUUCCCGGUGUGCAUCCGGGAGGCGGUGAGCCAGGUGCUCAAGGGCUACGACUGGACCCUGGUGCCGAUGCCGGUCCGGGUGAACGGAUCCAGCAAGAACAAACCGCACGUCAAGCGGCCCAUGAACGCCUUCAUGGUGUGGGCGCAGGCGGCCCGCAGGAAGCUGGCGGACCAGUACCCGCACCUGCACAACGCCGAGCUCAGCAAGACCCUGGGCAAGCUCUGGAGGCUGCUGAAUGAGAGCGAGAAACGUCCCUUCGUGGAGGAGGCUGAGCGGCUGCGGGUGCAGCACAAGAAGGACCAUCCCGACUACAAGUACCAGCCGCGGCGGAGGAAGUCGGUGAAGAACGGGCAGUCGGAGCAGGAGGAGGGCACGGAGCAAACCCACAUCUCCCCCAACGCCAUCUUCAAGGCGCUGCAGGCAGACUCCCCACAGUCAUCCUCCAGCAUCAGCGAGGUGCAUUCACCCGGGGAGCACUCGGGACAAUCACAGGGCCCCCCGACGCCCCCCACCACCCCCAAGACGGACACGCAGCCGGGCAAGCAGGACCUGAAGCGCGAGGGCCGCCCCCUGCAAGAAGGCGGCCGGCAGCCGCCCCACAUCGACUUCCGAGACGUGGACAUCGGCGAGCUCAGCAGCGACGUCAUCUCCAACAUCGAGACCUUCGACGUCAACGAGUUCGAUCAAUACCUGCCCCCCAACGGCCACCCGGGGGUCCCGGCCACGCACGGGCAGCCCGGCCAGGUCACCUACACCGGCAGCUACGGCAUCAGCAGCACAUCGGGCUCGCAAGCCGGGGCCGGCCACGUGUGGAUGUCCAAGCAGCAGCCGCAGGCGCCGCCGCAGGCACAGCCGCAAGCGCAGCACACGCUGCCGGCGCUGAGCAGCGAGCAGGGCCCGGCGCAGCAGAGGACACACAUCAAGACGGAGCAGCUCAGCCCCAGCCACUACAGCGAGCAGCAGCAGCACUCCCCGCAGCAGCUCAACUACAGCUCCUUCAACCUCCAGCACUACAGCUCGUCCUACCCCACCAUCACCCGCUCCCAGUACGACUACACCGACCACCAGAACUCCAGCUCUUACUACAGCCACGCCGCCGGCCAGAGCAGCAGCCUCUACUCCACCUUCACCUACAUGAACCCCACGCAGCGCCCUAUGUACACCCCCAUUGCAGACACUUCGGGGGUCCCCUCCAUCCCCCAGACUCACAGCCCGCAGCACUGGGAACAACCCGUCUACACACAGCUCACCAGACCCUAAAAGCCAUUAGAAAAACCAGACAAAAGAAGAUAUUUCAGAAGAGAAAAAACAACACAAAC